CUAAAAAUCUAAAUUAAUCUAACCUACAAUAAUAGAAUUCCUUCCGUGCCUACAACAAGAGAAAAGAGUAUAAUAAUAUAUAGGGAACAAGAGUCAAGAUUGAAGAACAACCUAUUCACUAUUGUGUCACUACACAAUACGCAUUUCCGAAUUUUACGUACAUAAUAAUUAUAAAUAAAGCGCUCUUAAAAUCCAGUGUACUGAAAAAUGUAUUAAAUAUUGUUAUAAAAAUUAAAUUUAAUCACAAUCACUCAUCAUGUCAUAUUUAUUAUUAUUCUAUCAAUUUCAAUAGACAACAAAUUACUGAAGAAUAAGUAAACGUUAGAAUAAAUAUAUUCUAUUAUAAUCAGUAAGUGAGCGAAGUUGUAAGUUGUGAAUUUAAAAAAAAAUCAUUAAGUACAAUCUAAAAAUUUAAACUAAUUACUAUUAUAAUAACAUUAUACCUUAAAAUGCUAGCUUCAAGUGGUCAGCGAAUGAUACCCAAGUUAAAAUCCUUUACCAUUCGAAGAUUUACACAACCGGCUAUAAGUGAACAGAAUGAGUAUACAGAUGUGCCAAACUACCCACCAAUUCUCGAUACAUCUCUGCAAGGUAGAAAGCAAAGAAAGAGAGAAACAUUAUAUGAAAAUAUUAAAGCAUUGAAAACAGUUGAGGAAAAACAAAUCGCUCUCAACAUGCCCCGUUACUAUGGUUGGCCCUGUAUUAUGUUUAAAGAAAACAGUGUACCUUAUAAUGCUAUGCCUUUUGUACAGUAUUAUACAAAAACAUAUUUUAAAUCAAUACAUAAACUUCCUGAUACAUAUAAUAAUACAUCUACACUAACUGAUACUGUAUUGAAAGAUGUGAAAUCACACAUUGAAGAUUGUAUUGCAUUUGAAAAUAUUGGUAUUGAGCGCAAAAUAGAAAUAUGCUCUGACCUACGAGUAGAACAACAAAUGGAGGAUUUAAAAACAAAAGAGAUUGUGAAGCAAAUAAAUAGGAUAAUAAUGAAUAAUAUAACAGACAAAGUUCCACACAUUUUGUCCACUCAGGUUGAUUAUGAACCAAGGCAUGAAGCUUUUUGGUUUAUGGGGGGUGGUGCUGUCCCACGUAAAGUAAUCAAUUGGAGAAAGCAGUACCCUUGGUUAAGAAAAGAUCGGCUGAAUGAAGCUUUUGAUAAGCCUGUGCAAUAUAUUGGCUCACCAAUGUUAACACUAAGGAACAAUCUACCUUUGAGGCCCAUAAUUCCGUAUAAUGAAGCUGAGAACCCAGAAUUUAAAGUUAAUGAAUUUGAAUAUGUACCAGAGAGUGUUGGAUAUGUUUUAGAACAUAGAUAUGGGACUAAUAUACCAGGAUUUUGGCCUGGUGAUCAAGACGAAUUUGGUCUACUUUCCUAUCAUGGUCGUGGGCAUAUUAUAAACAGAAAGGAAUCUUUUGGUGCUGAAGAUAAUUUAGAAGCCUUGCACUGCCAGGCAAUAAAAUCAAGUUUUGGUUGGCUACUAGCUCAAGCAAAUUAUCAAGGCUUUACAACAUACAAUGACAUAACAUACCCCUUAACAACUCAGACAGUUAUCACAAAUGGACAAUUAUUAUCAUUCUAUGUGUAUCAGUUGAAUACAAUCACUAUGAACAUAGAUGCAGUAAAUACCAACCCUAAACAUAAUAUUUGUUAUGGCACUAAACCUAUGGAGUUAUAUGAAACAAUUGAGGAUGGUAAAGUUAAGGGUCUGAAUGAAGAUACGUUAAAAAUGUUAAUACAGUUUUAUGUCAAUGCACCUGUAGAAAGAGAUCAUGAGUUAAAGCCAUAUUUGGGUCACGAAGAACAAGUGGUGGCCGACAUAGAAGAAGAUGAGAGACGUAAUUGGCUUGAGGCAACAUAUAAACAUAUAGUGUCGAACAGACCUAAACAUGUCCUAAUGCCAGAAAUAUAUCUUUGGGAAAAGAUAUACAAAAUUCAACAUAACACAAGAUUUUUCGAAGCUAAGAAAAGACCAUUUGAAUUAGGAAUCAAUCCAUUUAAAAGACGACUGGAUGAGCAUUUACCUCCUUAUAUACCAAAAGUCCUUAGGCCUUAUCCAAAAUGCAGAAAGAAGUUUGAAACAAUGUAUUACCCUAAGAUUUAAUUAUUGUUCUAUAAAUAUAUUAGAUUAGAUAUGAUAUGUUAAUGUAUA